CUGAAAAAAAUUGCGCUCAAACAUGCCUCAAACAUUUCACUCUCUCUCUCUCUCCUUCCUCCCUGCUUCUAUACUUUUCGGUUUUAGGGCUCACUCAUACUCAGAAAAGUCACCGAAAAACCACCAACCCGUCUGCCGCGUCUCUCUCCACCGAGGACCCGCAAUUCCGGUGGGUUUCAACACGUCGUCUGUCGCUCUCCUCUGUGCGUCGUGUUAGGGUUUCUUGCUUCCCCUUUUUGUUCUUCAGAUGUCAUAUAGGCGUAGAGGUGGCUUGAAUGGGAGGGGUGCCAUCAUUCGACCUCCGUGAUACCGUUCUAAUGGCCUAAUAAUUAUGGGCAUGUGGCAGAAGAAAGCACGUUGAAUCAUGUGCGUAAUCCUGGGUACCAUGCAGCAGCAAGCAUGCUUCAUCAAGUGCCUAAUUCUGUGAUCCAUGCAACAACAAGCACCACCAGUCACCAAACAGCAGCAAGCACCGAUCACACUUUUCACCAGGCAACAACAAACAUGACAAUGGAAGCAGCUAACACAUUUCAUCAAUUGCCAAACACAGUCCACCAGGUGAUCCAUCAAAUGCCCCACACUAACCCCCUCAACAAUGCUAAUGUAGGCAAUAAUCAUGAGGUAACCACCAACAUAACUGAUGAGACGGGUAACCCUGAUAAGGAUGAACAUGUGCUGCACCCUGAUGGAUUAUGGUUCCCCCAUCGUGUUGUGGUUGACAAGGUUUCUGCUACAUCUUAUAAGUCAUAUUUUAAGGGACCCUAUUGCAAUUGGAAGAUGACUCCACUACAUGUUCAACAGAGGUGGUGGAAUGCUUUCAAGCACGAGUUCUCUUGGGAUCCAUCAGUAGCUAAGCUUGUUAAGAAGGGAUGGAAAUCGAAGGUGAGUAGGCGCCUUACUGGCAUAGUGUCAAAGGUGUGCAAUGAACCUGGCUACGAAGCUGAAUGGUGUCCUCGUAUCGUAAGGGAAGAAAUGAUUCGGAUUAGAUCAGAAGAGGAGAACCAAAAAAAAGCAGAGCAAUGUAAGAAAAAUCGGAAUGGAAAUGGAGACCAUAAGAUUCACCAUCGACAAGGAUCCAUAUCUACAGACGAAGUGAGGCUAAAAUUGGAAAAGAAGCUGGGAUAUCAUCCAUCUCCAUCCGAGGUUUACUAUGAAACUCAUGCGGAUAGUGGUGGUCGCUUUGUUAAUGCUAAGGCAGAAGCUGUGUGGGUAAGUAUCGUGGAACACAACUCUAAGAUACCACUUCUAAGCUAUGUAAAUGAUUUUAAAAGUAGAAAAACCGCAAAUCUACAAUGUGAAGUUGAGAAUCGAAAGACUGAAGAUGAGUUGUUCCUUGAAGCUACGGGAGGGUGGAGUGAAAAGGGAAGGAUAUUUGGUCUGGGGGCAGCUGCUGACUCUUUCUAUGAGAGACCCGGAGAUAGGAGAACCAAAAAAUCACGAACAAAUUAUGCGAUGGAACAAAAAAGGGAGCUUGAUGAAACUAAGGAGAACCUAGCUGAAACCCAAGAUAACCUUGCUGAAACUCAAAAAGCACUUGCCGAAACGCAAAGAAUUGUGGAGGAUCUUCAUGAACAAUUUCGACUUAUUGUGCAAGCCAACAAUCUCUCGACCACUCCUACUUCUACAUCCUUGUCUUGAGUUCCUCUUAUUUCGUAGAUGGAUGACUGCAACCUUGGAUUGAAGAUUGCUUUUUGGAUUGAAGGUGGAAUUUUUGUACAUGCUGUGAAGUCUGAUGUUAUUUUAUUUAGCAUGCAUAGUACUUAUGUUCUUCUAACAUAGGUCUCAAGGCAUUAUAUUUUGUAAUUAAAGGUACUAAUUAUUAACCUUAGUUAAUUAGAGGGGCUGUUUUUGCAUAGUGGUACCAGCUCCUCCACUUGUUGGCUACUUUCUAAGCUUAGUUAAUUAGAGGGGUUGCUUUUGUAGUACAUGAUGUUACUUUUGGAAAUACUUGAAAAAAUUCUGUUAACAUUAUCAAUUAUCAUUUUGUGA